AUGAAGAUCACCGUGCAGUCAUCCAAGGCCGUCAAGCCGGCCUAUGGCACCGGCGACGCCACUCCGGUGAACACCGGCGACGUCGUCCCGCUCACCGUGUUCGACAAAGCUAACUUUGACACGUACAUCUCGGUGAUAUACGCCUUCCGGCCGCCGGCUCCGGCCAACGCCGUCCUCGAGGCCGGGCUCGCCAGGGCGCUGGUGGAGUACCGGGAGUGGGCGGGGCGCCUCGGCGUGGACGACGACGGCAACCGCGCCAUCCUGCUCAACGACGCGGGCGCGCGGUUCGUCGAGGCGACAGCCGACGUGACCCUGGACAGCGUGAUGCCGCUGAAGCCGACGGCCCAGGUGCUGAGCCUGCACCCGAGCGGCGACGACGCCGUGGAGCUGAUGCUCAUCCAGGUCACGCGGUUCGCGUGCGGGUCGCUCGUCGUGGGCUUCACCACGCAGCACAUCGUGGCCGACGGCCGCGGCACCAACAACUUCUUCCUCGCGUGGAGCCAGGCCACCCGCGGCGCCGCCUUCGACCCUGUCCCCGUGCACGACCGCGUGUCCUUCUUCACGCCGCGCGACACGCCGAAGGUCGAGUUCGAGCACCGCGGCGUGGAGUUCAAGCCGUGCGACGAGAGGGUUGACAGCGUCGACGUCGGAGCUGAACGUGCCGCCGGCGACGAGGACGACGACGAGGUGGUGAUAAACAAGGUGCACUUGAGCCGGGAGUUCAUCUCGAAGCUCAAGUCGCAGGCAUCUGCAGGCGCGCACCGGCCGUACAGCACGCUGCAGUGCGUGGUGGCGCACCUGUGGCGGUGCAUGACGAAGGCACGCGGGCUCGACGGGCGCGAGUCCACCAGCGUGUGCAUCGCCGUCGACGGGCGCGCGCGGAUGAGCCCGCCGGUGCCGGAUGGCUACGCCGGCAACGUCGUGCUCUGGGCGCGGCCAACCGCCACUGCGGGUGAGCUGGUGGCCAGGCCACUGAAGCACGCCGUGGAGCUCAUCAACAGGGAGGUGGCCCGGAUCAGCGACAGCUACUUCAAGUCGUUCAUCGACUUCGCCAACUCCGGCGCGGUGGAGAAGGAGCGGCUGGUGGCAUCGGCCGACGCGGCGGAGAUGGUGCUGAGCCCGAACAUCGAGGUGGACAGCUGGCUGCGGAUCCCGUUCUACGACCUCGACUUCGGCGGCGGGCGGCCGUUCUUCUUCAUGCCCAGCUACCUGCCGGUGGAGGGUUUGCUCAUCCUGCUGCCGUCUUUCUUCGGCGACGGGAGCGUUGACGCGUACGUGCCUCUCUUCAGCCGCGACAUGAACGUGUUCAAGAACUGCUGCUACUCAUUGGACCAAGACCAAACUACUAUUUAGUUAAUUGAUGUUUGUUUGGAGUCACCGAUUCAAUUAUGAAUUAUACUCCUGAUGCUCCACCGAUGCGAGUUGAGUAUAAUAAAUAAGGUUAUCUGCGAAUUAAAAUUGAAAUAUCAACUGAACUGUACUCCGAUCGGUACCUUUCAGGGGGUUAAGUUUCUCUGAGAAAAAAAAGAGAUAAACAAAAGGUUGUUUUGUGAAGCUGUGCGUGUACAACAUUUUCUCAUUACACAUGCUACUUCAGCGUCGUCCUCAUUGCCUGACACUGACAAACCAAGGUGAAUUGUGGGCUCGA